UCAGCUUCACGACUAUCACCAGCGAAAGCUACCACACCUCUCCAUCCCUCACAAAACUACACCAAUCCACAACCAUGGCGGCACCAUCAACCAAAAUCGCCGUCCACUCCCUCUCCGACCUCAAAAACACCACAGACGACUUCAUCCCCCUCCACCUGCACAACCUCAAGUUCCGCCAAAUCCACACCAAGACCGACGUCCGCCUCGCCCUGGGCUACUCGGCCGUCCUCAUCAGCGCCGCCCUCUUCUACUUUGACUGGAAAUUCGGCUGGGCCGUGACGAAGCCCUGGACGGCUCCCGCAGUGGUCGCGUAUUUUGUCCUGAAUGGCGUGUUUACGUAUUGGGUGUGGUGGGUCGAGAGUGGGCUUGUGUACGAGGGGGUGGGGAAGACGGGGAGGAUCGCAAUCCGCACCUCGACCAAAAAGCACACCCCCAUCUACCACCUAACCGCAACCUUCACCCCCUCCUCCUCCUCCUCUGCGACCCCGCAAACCCUCACCCUCCACCUCCCCUUCACCACCAUCUUCACCUCCGAAGGUUCCUUCGCCCCCAAACCCUUCCAGCAAUUCCUCGCCAGCUCCAUCCCCGUCAUCGGCGCCGCGGACCCGUCCAACGUCGUCGAGGAAAUCGGUCGCGGGAGCGAGACACCAGCACAAGGAGGAGGCGCUUUCAAUGUGAGUGCGAGCAAUGCGGUGGAGAUUUUGGAGCAGUUGAAGAGGAGUGCGCGGGCGAACCAGAGGACGAAGGCUUCGGGGAGUAGUGGUGCGGCGGCAGUGGGGCAAGGGGGCCAGGGGAGGAGGAGGAAGUAGGUGUUUUGGGAUAUGCUCGAGAUGCGAUUCGGAUGGGAUGGGAAUGGAGGCGUGAGCUCGAGUGGAGAGCGGAGGGAGAAGGAUGGCUUCGCUUUCUACGGGAAAGAAAGGUCUACACUUCAGGAUGUAUCAUGAGUGGAAGGGACAUCACGGCAUCUGAAUGGUAUGCUUUGCUGAUCAGUCAUGUGUUCUCAUUUGCAUCGAACAAAGUAUCUGAUCAAGAGGGAUAAUUCCUUGCUACGGAAAUGAAUCGAAUCGCCGAAGCCGUGCAUGCGUUGAUGGUCAAUUUCCAAUCGGACAUGAAAAGGCUGGCAAUAAAAUGAACAUUGG